AUGUUGAUAUUCACUGAACGGCCAGAAUGGCACGGUCGCCAGAGGUCGGCGAUCUGCAGCAUCGAAACAUUCCGGAAUCUGUACUUCAAGACUCCGUGGCUGUGGAGUACAUUUGUUAGAUGCAUUGUCGACAACGGCACCCAGACAGCCGGAGACUCACAGUCACGGUUUCAAGUCUCUGGAGUAGCCCAAGUUGGGGAUUGGAUGCGGUCCAGCAGGCCGGGCAUAUCGAUGCCGUCGGAUACAGACGUCGUCUUCGUCGGUAGACCUCCCCCAAAGAACCGCGAGGAGGUUCUUCAUGUGCCUGUGGUUCCCUGGAGAUUGGGUCUAGAAUCCGUUGAACUUCAACAGUACUGCUAUAAUUAUUGCCCUUUGGCCACUCAAGUGCAUGCUCGUUGCUGGGAUUUAGCGCAGCGUGUUUUUGGGUCGUCAUUUAUCGAACAAGACAUGGAUAUCUGGUUAGAAGCAGCUCGGCAGCAAUUCCACGCUUUCGUAAACCACGCCCCUGAGUCAGAGAGCAAUCAAUAUUCAAACGCUUUGAUGCGCCUCCAUAUCAUCAACAGAGAGAUUAUUGACGAUUUUCGACAUAACCCUCUCAAGUAUGCUCAGGAGAGUGUGGAUAGAUAUAUCCAGGAAAUCGGAUAUAACCUGCCUCAUGAUCCCAUAAACAUUAGUGAGCUGCGUGACUUGAUAGACAAAGCCAUUGAGAUCGAAAGAGAAGACAAAGCAGAAGAAGUAUGUCCGGCAGGCGUUGGCUUACCACCCGAGGUCAAGAUGAUGAUCCUUGAUUGUUUGGAUACGAUGGAUAUCCGCAAUUCCUUAUCCGUGUUUCACUGGAGACUUCCAAGUGGGUAUUGGUGCACGCGGUUUGCAAAGGAGAUUGUCUUUGAAUAUGAGGACCUCGAAAAUACCAAUUUGAACUGGGGAUAUCUUUGUCUGGGAGUGGCGGAUCUCCUCGAGACAUCGCAUGGACUGCGCCAUCGGAAACGCACGUUGGGCAAUCUGAACGAGAUCAAAAAGAUAUUUGAAGAGAAAAAGAAGCAGAAAAGGCAGUCAGAUGGGGGGCUGUGA